AUGUCUACCUCUCUUGAUGACUUUACCUCUACCGCAAACGAAGAUUUAUAUUCACGUUUAUCUCUUACCUCUGAAGCCACCUCUGCUGAGAUUAAAAAAGCAUACCAUCGUCUGGCACUUCAGUAUCAUCCUGAUAAACACACGAAUGCAAAACCUGAAGAACGCGAAGAAGCCACACGAAAAUUUCAGUCUCUAGGUUACGCCUACGCUAUACUUAGUGAUCCUAAAAAGAGGGAAAUAUAUGAUAAAACGGGUGAAACAGAAGGCUUGGACAGAUUUGAUAACCUUGAUAAAGAAGGUUGGGAUGCCUUUUUCAGAGAGUUGUGGUCGGGUGUGGUCAACGCGGAGUCAAUAGAAGAGUUUCGCGCAAGUUACCAAAAUUCCGAAGAAGAACGCAACGAUCUCAUAGAAGCCUACAAAAAGUGUGAAGGUGACAUGGAAAUCAUUAUGCAAUACAUUCCGUGCGGGACGGUGGAUGAUGAGAAACGGUUUACGAAGAUUCUCAAAGCUGCCAUUUCAUCAGGGGAAAUACCCUCUUAUAAAAAGUUUACCACUUCCACUAGUGCGGUUGCUAGAGCGAAGCGCAAGAAGGAAUCAGAAAGUGAGGCCAAGGAGGCCGAAGAGAUGGCUAGAAAAUAUGGCUUGGAUCAAAAGCUACUGAAAGGUAAUGGAAAUGAAGAAGAUGGUUUAAAACAAAUUAUACAGUCGAGAGCCGAGAAAAGAAUGAGCGCGUUAAUGGAAAGUUUGGAGUCAAAAUACGGUGCCGAAGAAGAAAUAGACGAAUUAGCUCCUGAACCAACCGAUGAAGAGUUCCUAAAAUUGCAAGAGAAAUUGGUUGCUAAUAAAGUGAGUAAUUCAAAAGCAAGAAGUUCAAAUAAAAAUGGAAGUGCAAAAUUGAAUGGCAGUUCAAAAAGUAGGAAAGUCGGUGGAAGCAAACUUGAUACCAAAUAG